GCAGCAAAAUCCUUUCAGAAACCCCGGGGAAAGAAUCCGGCAGAAUGAAGGAGAAAUGGCAAAUCAAACCUCACGGAGGCUCUCCUUGAAAGAUUACGGGAUGAAAAAUUAACUUGGCACUGUUGGGGGUGGGAAUGCGGACGGCUGCCCGAGAUGCCCCGUCUUCAGCCUCCGGUCACUUUCCUUCCCCAAAGCCAUUUUAGUCAAAGGUCAUGUGUGAGUCUUGUCAAAGGCCAGCUUCCAAUGGAAUCAUUGUCCCCCGGGACAGCGGCCCCCUGACUACAUCUGCAUUGGAGAAAUCCCAAAAGCAAACGGCCCAGUGCAAACAAGAGCAGCCCGGGGCAGCCGUCCCGGGCAGAGCUCACAGCAGAGGCCGCGUCCGCAGCGCCCGGGCCGGAGCAGGCGCCCAGACGGCCGGCAUGAGCCGCCGCGCCGAGCGGGUAAUAUCCCUGUUCACUUUUGCUGUUGGGGUCAAUAUCUGCUUAGGAUUCACAGCAAAUCGAAUUAAGAGGGCAGAAGGAUGGGAUGAAGGCCCUCCUACAGUGUUAUCAGACUCCCCCUGGACCAACAUCUCUGGAUCUUGCAAGGGCAGAUGCUUUGAACUUCAAGAGGUCGGACCCCCGGAUUGUCGGUGUGACAACUUGUGUAAGAGCUACAGCAGUUGUUGCCAUGACUUUGAUGAGCUUUGUUUGAAGACAGCUGGCGGCUGGGAGUGUACUAAGGACAGAUGCGGAGAAGUACGAAAUGAAGACAAUGCUUGUCACUGCUCGGAGGACUGCCUGGCCAGGGGAGACUGCUGUACUAAUUACCAAGUGGUUUGCAAAGGAGAGUCACAUUGGGUGGAUGAUGACUGUGAGGAAAUAAAGACCCCAGAAUGUCCUGCAGGGUUUGUCCGCCCUCCAUUAAUCAUCUUCUCUGUGGAUGGUUUCCGUGCGUCGUACAUGAAGAAAGGCAGCAAGGUCAUGCCUAACAUUGAAAAACUAAGGUCUUGUGGCACUCACUCCCCCUACAUGCGGCCUGUGUACCCAACAAAAACUUUCCCUAACUUAUACACUUUGGCCACUGGGCUAUAUCCAGAAUCACACGGAAUUGUUGGCAAUUCAAUGUAUGAUCCUGUAUUUGAUGCCACUUUCCAUCUUCGAGGGAGAGAGAAAUUUAAUCACAGAUGGUGGGGAGGUCAACCGCUAUGGAUUACAGCCACCAAGCAAGGGGUGAAAGCUGGGACAUUCUUCUGGUCUGUGGUGAUCCCUCACGAGCGGAGGAUAUUAACCAUCCUGCAGUGGCUCACCUUGCCAGACAAUGAAAGGCCUUCAGUCUAUGCCUUCUAUUCCGAACAACCUGAUUUCUCUGGACACAAAUAUGGCCCUUUUGGCCCUGAGAUGACAAAUCCUCUGAGAGAUAUUGACAAAACAGUGGGGCAAUUAAUGGACGGACUGAAACAACUAAAGCUGCAUCGCUGUGUAAAUGUCAUCUUUGUUGGAGACCAUGGAAUGGAAGAUGUCACAUGUGAUAGGACUGAAUUCUUGAGCAAUUACCUAACUAAUGUGGAUGACAUUACUUUAGUGCCAGGAACUCUAGGAAGAAUUCGACCCAAAUUUAGCAAUAAUGCUAAAUAUGACCCUAAAGUCAUUAUUGCUAAUCUCACGUGUAAAAAACCAGAUCAACAUUUUAAGCCUUACAUGAAGCAGCACCUUCCUAAACGUUUGCACUAUGCCAACAACAGAAGAAUUGAGGAUGUCCAUUUAUUGGUGGACCGCAGAUGGCAUGUUGCAAGGAAACCUUUGGAUGUUUAUAAGAAACCAUCGGGAAAAUGUUUUUUCCAGGGAGACCAUGGAUUUGAUAACAAGGUCAACAGUAUGCAGACUGUUUUUGUAGGUUAUGGCCCAACAUUUAAGUACAAGACUAAAGUGCCUCCAUUUGAAAACAUUGAACUUUACAAUGUUAUGUGCGAUCUCCUGGGAUUGAAGCCAGCUCCUAAUAAUGGGACCCAUGGAAGUUUGAACCAUCUCCUGCGUACUAACACGUUCAGACCGAGCAUGCCAGAGGAAGUUACCAGACCCAGUUACCCGGGGAUUAUGUACCUUCAGUCUGAUUUUGACCUGGGCUGUACCUGUGAUGAUAAGGUAGAGCCAAAGAACAAAUUGGAUGAACUCAACAAACGCCUUCAUAUAAAAGGGUCUACAGAAGCUGAAACCAGGAAAUUCAGAGGCAGCAAAAAUGAAAUCAAGGAAAACGUUAAUGGAAAUUUUGAACCUAGAAAAGAGAGACACCUCCUCUAUGGACGGCCCGCAGUGCUUUAUCGGACUAGAUAUGAUAUCUUAUAUCACACUGAUUUCGAAAGCGGUUAUAGUGAAAUAUUCCUAAUGCCAUUGUGGACAUCAUACACUGUUUCCAAACAGGCUGAGGUCUCUGGCAUCCCUGAACACCUGACCAAUUGCGUCCGGCCUGAUGUCCGUGUUUCUCCGAGUUUCAGUCAGAGCUGUUUGGCCUACAAAAAUGAUAAACAGAUGUCCUAUGGAUUCCUCUUUUCUCCUUAUCUGAGCUCUUUGCCAGAAGCUAAAUAUGACGCAUUCCUUGUGACCAAUAUGGUUCCAAUGUAUCCUGCUUUCAAACGAGUCUGGAAUUAUUUCCAAAGGGUUCUGGUGAAGAAAUAUGCUUCAGAAAGAAAUGGAGUUAAUGUGAUAAGUGGACCAAUUUUUGACUAUGACUACGAUGGCUUACAUGACACACAAGACAAAAUCAAACAGUACGUGGAAGGCAGUUCCAUUCCCAUUCCAACUCACUACUACAGCAUCAUCACCAGCUGCCUGGAUUUCACCCAGCCCGCAGACAAGUGUGAUGGCCCCCUCUCAGUCUCCUCAUUCAUCCUUCCUCACAGACCGGACAACGAUGAGAGCUGCAAUAGCUCAGAGGAUGAGUCAAAAUGGGUAGAAGAACUUAUAAAGAUGCACACAGCUCGGGUGAGGGACAUUGAACAUCUCACCAGUCUGGAUUUCUUCCGCAAGACCAGCCGCAGCUAUCCAGAAAUUCUGACACUAAAGACAUACCUGCAUACAUAUGAGAGCGAGAUUUAACCUCUGAUCCUCUGCGGUGCAGUCUUAUCAACUGGUGUAUAUUUUUAUAUUGUUUUUGUAUUUAUUAAUUUGAAACCAGGACAUUAAAAAAAAUGUUAGUAUUUUAAUCCUGUACCAAAUCUGACAUAUUACGCCUGAAUGACUCCACUGUUUUUCUCUAACGCUUGAUUUAGGUAGUCUUGUGUUCUGAGUAGAGCUUGUAAUAAUUACUGCAGCUUGCAUUUUUAGUGGAAGCUUCUAAAUGGUGCUGCACAUUUGAUAAUUGCAUUGAGGAAAUAUCAAUUUUCCAAUGCACAGUUGCCACAUUUAGUCCCGUACUGUAUUGAAAUACUGAUUUUGUAAAGUUGCAUUCAUUUACUGUUAAUUAUGACAGAUAUUUAAGCCUUAUAGACCAAUCUUAAAUAUAAUAAAAUCACACAUUCAGUUUUU